CGCCGAGGCGCCGGGCGCGCCGCGUGACGUCAGCGCUCCGCCAUGGCGGCUCGGCGGGCGCUGCACUUCGUCUUCAAAGUGGGCGACCGCGGCCGGACCGCCCGCUUCUACCGCGACCUGCUGGGCAUGAGCGUGCUGAGGCACGAGGAGUUCGAGGAGGGCUGCAAGGCCAGCUGCAACGGCCCUUAUGAUGGCAAAUGGAGCAAAACGAUGGUGGGCUACGGGCCAGAAGACAAUCACUUUGUUGCAGAAUUGACUUACAAUUAUGGUAUUGGAGAAUAUCGCCUGGGCAAUGACUUUCUGGGCUUAACACUUGUGUCCAGCCAGGCUGUGAGCAAUGCUAAGAAGAUGGGGUGGCCCCUCAAAGAAGUCACAACUGGUAUUUUUGAAGCUGAAGCCCCAGGGGGAUACAAGUUCUGCUUGGAAGACAAGGAACAGCUCAAGCAAGAUCCUGUGCUAAAGGUAACCUUGGGUGUCUCCGAUCUGCAGAAGUCUGUUAACUACUGGUCUGAUUUGCUUGGGAUGAAAAUAUAUGAGAAGGAUGAGGAAAAACAAAGAGUUUUGCUAGGCUAUGCGGAUAACCAGUGUAAGUUGGAGUUGAAGACGGUUGGAGGAGCGGUGGAUCACGGGACAGCGUUUGGGCGGAUUGCUUUCUCCUGUGCAAAGGAAGAGUUGCCAAACAUUGAAGCACUGAUGAAAAAGGAGAAUCAGAAAAUUUUAACACCUCUGGUUAGCUUGGACACACCUGGCAAAGCCACAGUGCAAGUGAUUAUUUUGGCUGAUCCUGAUGGCCAUGAAAUCUGUUUUGUGGGAGAUGAAGCAUUUAGAGAUCUGUCCAAGGUGGACCCGAACGGUGACAAAUUGUUAGAUGAUGCCAUGGCGGCGGACAACAGUGACAAAUGGUUUGCUGCGCAGAAAAUGAAGAAGGCUUCUGCGUAGCUGGAGAAAAGGACUGGACUGCUCGUUCGUGCCUUGGUUUUCAUCUGAGCAAAAUGCCAAUUCUAUGUAGCGUGUUGCAUUACCCCUUCCAGUAAGAGGGUGCCGUAGUGUCCUGUGCUGGUCGGGUUUUUUUGAUUUAAGCUUGUGUCUCUUACUGCUACUCUGUCGUUUCAAGCAAAUAGCAUGUUCUCCUUGAAAAAAAUUAGGUUGUGCAGUAAGAGCGGGUUGAGCACGUGGCUUCAAAAACAGGGGCCAGCAGUUAAGAGGAAAACCUCAUGUUUCUGUCGUCUUGUUAUACUUGAAAAAGAGGUUGCUAGAUUCAUUACAUUAUCUAAUUCUCUACCUAAUUGGCUUUAGCCAUCCUGGAUUUGCAGCUUAGAGAAGAGAAUUUCAGGUAGCUGUGGCUGAGAGUAUUGCAGGUACCCCACUUCAGUGAUGAAGUGUCAGGCCAAAGGGAAGGGCUGCGUACGGAGAACUCGAGCAGGUCAGCUAUCAUAGUGCAUGCCUGUUUAUUGGGAACAGCGAAAUUACCUUGCUAAAGCAUGUGAAUAUUCUAGUCUGGAACAAACCCUAUUUUCAUUCCAAGAUGUUUCCCCAGCUUUUCUCACUGGGGUCAUGUUAUUGAUGUGGUGGUUUCCACCCCUUACCAAGGAGCCUUCCACAUUCCAGGCGGGAGCCGGGGCCGUGCUUCAGGGUGCGUAGCAGCGCUGCGCUGUCUGCUGAGGUGCCGGGAGGCAGCUUGAAAUAAGUGUAUCACGGUUUUGCAAUUAGCUUUUGAUGAGAAAUUGCCUUUAGAAGUAACAGCUCAGGGUUUAGUCUGUUGGAAUGAAGUUGCUCUGCUUUUGCUGGUGGAACAAGGGCUGGGAAUACGGGGGGUAAUUAUCAACAUUGUCCACGUCAGGCAUGCUGCCUGGUUUGUAACCUUUCUUGAUGAAAACCUUAAGUAAGUUUCACAGAGAAAAGGAGGCAAAAUCAGCAGCACUGGCAGUCGCCGAGGCACGUCGGCGCUUGUAGCGAAUAUUCUGAGUUUAAACAGGAAAAAUUUCUCGCCGUGAUUUUGUUGUUUGAGCUUUUUGCUUCAAGGUCAGCGAUGAUUUUGAAUUGCAUACCCAUCGAGUUAAGAACAUCAUGUGUAAACUGCACCCCUGAAACCGGCGCUGCCGCUUGCCGGUGUCACCCUUACACGAAUAAAAGUGAUUCGGGAGGACGGUUUGAGUGCCUGCCUUCCCGCUGCCCGGCACGGCUUCCCACCGAA